GAGACACACACGAAACUCGCCAUUUCUCCAGGUGACUUUUCAGUGGCGGGAGUUGCGACUGCACUGGCAGCUGGAGUUGGCGGUGGACUGUCUGUGGUCUUUGUUCUAGUGGUGUUUUCAAUCGGAUUCCUGUGUGCACUUUGUUUCUGCAGGAGACGCAGGAAUACGAGUACGGACGAGUGAGUCUUUUAUGUGGGAAGUUUUACUGAUUAGUAAAGGCAUUUUUCGAAUGGCCUAUAAUAUUAUUAUAUCUGAAAGAGGUCGUUUAGGCAUUAAUUUAGUUAAAAGCUCACUUACAAAAGUUGUUUCAUAAUAGUGCAUUGACAGUUAUCAGAACCACAUGUAGAUACACAUCAAUAGAGGAAGAAAGGGCACAAUUUCAAUCCAUAGUCUGCAUAACGCUCUGUGGCAGUGUUUGUGAUUGAUGAUGAUGAUUAUGCUAUUUAGGGAAAGUGAAUUGUCGUUGAAUACUAUGGAUAGUACACCUCCACCCCAUCAUUAUGAUGAGAUUCCACCCCCUUCUGGCGAGACUCCUCCCACUUUCAACGAGAAUCAAUCCCCUCCUAUUGAGACUCCACCCACAUCUAAGAAGACUCAACCAGCAACAAACAAGACUCCACCUACUUCCGACAAUCUAAUGUCUAACGAGACUCCGCCCCCUUUUAAUUCCACCCCGCCCGUAUCCAGGUACACUCUCCCUCCCAAGUACCCCUCUUCAAAUCUUUCUCCACCGGAACAAAUGGAUCCGUCCUCCAGACAGGACUCCCGAGGUUCAAACACGGAUAAUCCCGACUCUCCCUCACAUAGUGGUGGCUGCGAACAGGCUGGUAACCGUACUCCACGUCAGGUGUCACAGGAACAGGCCAAAGGUCGGGCGCUGAAGUACAAAGAUCUGGUGGUGGAGCUAAAGGAUCUGGCAGCCCAGUGGUACAUCAUGGGUCUCCAGCUGGGACUGAGUCCAGCGACGCUCGACGAAAUCGGUGGAGGAAGAGACGACGCUUCAAACUGCCUCAGAAACGUCCUACAGGAAUGGUUGGAGAGUUCCACACCGUGUACCAAGGCCAAGAUUGUGGAGGCCAUUAGGUGUCCUACCAUCAAGAUCAUGUGGUUGGCCAAAAAGAUAGAAAAUAACACAGGUAAGCUUAUAGUUACAGGCAAGAAAACGCAUGUGCACACAGUGUGUGAAUUCAAUGGGCUACUAAUGAUGUGUCCUCAUAAUAACUUGGUCACAAAUUAGUGACUUCUCUGCAAUAGCGUUAAGUGUCAAAAGGCUCUGCAAAAACUCGAAAAAGUAAGGUUCAUCUGGGGGUUGAACCCAGGACCUUCUGCGUGUAAAGCAGACGUGAUAACCACUACACCAAUGAACCAGACACACUUACAGUUUGUUCUCCCAAAACCUCACGUAGCUAAUUUGUCAGCAAAAACCAUUUAAAGGCAUAGUAACCAUAAUACGGUU